ACGGAACUCGGGAAGAAAACCCUUCGUACUGAGAUUUACAAGAAAGGAGCCAUACGCAGUGAAUCCAAGCAAAGGGUUCUUGGAACUUGAAUGUCCUUACGACUCUUCAUUUCUAGUGUACCAAUAAACUCCUUAUUUUUGGCUAGAACCAAAUUUGUUCACAGAGCUUCAAUCUUAAACUUCCUUUGCGCAAAGAAGAGUCCUUUUGUUCUUGGCAAACAAUACAUUGCUGUAUCAUCAAGAAAUAUGUCUUCUGGAGACAAGAGGAAAAGCUCGGGUUCUGGAGAAAGUCCUUCCAAAAAAGCGAAAGUAGAAAACGGUGCUAGCUCCUCCUCCCAAGAUGGAGCAGGGAGUGAAGACUUCCUGCAGCAGAUAGCUGACAGGAGGACGGGUGUGUGUGAGUCGGUCGCUGGGUUCAAGUUCAACAAGAAGAGAUGUCGUCAGAUGUCUGAUGGUGGAGACCUGAAACAGAACUGUGGGGGGAUUCUCUACUGGAUGUCACGGGACCAGAGGGUGCAAGAUAACUGGGCCUUGUUGUUUGCCCAGCGGCUGGCCCUCAAACACAAGGUUCCCCUGUACGUGUGCUUCUGUCUGGUGCCAAAGUUCCUGGAUGCAACCAUCCGACAUUAUGGCUUCAUGCUGAAGGGACUAGAAGAGGUGGAGAAGGAACUGACAGAGCUGGACGUGAGUUUCCACCUCCUGACCGGCCAUGCUGUGGACGUUCUGCCAGAGUUUGUGUCUGAGAAGAACAUCGGUGGUGUGGUGACAGACUUCUCACCACUCAGGACUCCCAUGAAGUGGGUUCAUGACCUCGCAGGGAAACUGCCCAGUGAUGUUCCUUUUGUUCAGGUUGAUGCUCACAACAUUGUACCGUGCUGGGAAGCAUCUCCUAAGCAGGAGUACGGAGCUCGCACCAUCCGUAACAAGAUUCACAACCAGCUGUCCUCCUACCUCACAGAGUUCCCUCCUGUGUGUAAACACCCUCAUCCUACUAAAGACAAACCUGAGCCUACAGACUGGGCUGCAGCCAGGGCCAGCCUGAAGGUGGACAUGACUGUUGCCGAGGUAACCUGGGCCACGCCCGGCACCACGGGGGGUCUCCGCCAGCUGGAGUCCUUCUGUAAGCAGAGGCUGAAGAACUUCGGCACCGACAGGAACAACCCCAACAAACGGGCUCUCAGUAACCUGUCACCAUGGAUUCACUUUGGUCAGAUCUCUGUACAGAGGUGUAUCCUGACAGUGAAGAAGUACAGGAGUAAGUAUAAGGAGUCUGUGGAUGCCUACAUUGAGGAGGCCAUCAUCAGGAGAGAGCUGUCUGAUAACUUCUGCUUCUACAACCAUGACAAGUACGACUCCAUCAAAGGUGCAGCUGCCUGGGCCCAGAAGACCCUGAAGGACCACGCAGGUGACAAGCGGGAGUACCUGUACAGUCGCGAACAGCUGGAACAGGCUAAGACACACGACGACCUGUGGAAUGCUGCUCAGAUCCAGUUGAAUAAGGAGGGAAAGAUGCAUGGGUUCCUGCGCAUGUACUGGGCUAAGAAGAUCCUGGAGUGGACUGAGUCCCCGCAGGUCGCCCUGAAGGAAGCUAUCUACCUUAACGACAAGUACAGUCUGGAUGGGAGGGACCCCAACGGUUAUGUGGGCUGUAUGUGGUCCAUCUGUGGCAUCCAUGACCAAGGCUGGGCAGAACGCCCCGUCUUCGGCAAGAUUCGCUUCAUGAACUACAACGGCUGCAAGCGCAAGUUCGACGUGGCACAGUUUGUCACCAAGUACAAGGCCAAGGGAUUUCUGAAGAAGUAAAUCCACAACCUGGAUGUGCUAUGUGUUGGUUGUACAUGUAUGAUUAAUCAAUUAUGGGUUUCACUUAGAGUAGUAGUUUCUGUAACAGUUCAUAAACAAUUUUUAAAAAGAAAGUGGAAGAAAAUACGCACAAGAAGAAUAUUGGGAGUGUGUUUGAGAUGAUAACUUAAGUUGUUAAUUGUUCCUUUAUUGCUCAAGUUGUAUGCCAGUAGUUUGUGCAAAGACCUCAGGACAUGAAAUACGCACAAAGGAAUAUCGUGAGUCAUACUACGACAAGUAUGACAGAUAUGUCUGUUUGUCAUAAAGUGAUAAAUUUGACACUGGUGUAUGUUGCGUGCAUACAAGUUGUAUGCCAGUAGUUUGGAAAUGAAAUACGCAUAAUGGUAUAUCAUGACUAGUGACAAACAUGACAAAACAAAAGUUAUAUGUCUGUUCUGUACAUCUAAGUUUUAUGCUAGUAGUUAACAGUAUGUGAAGAUGUUGAAAUGAAAUACGCACAAAGGUAUAUCAUGAGUCAUAUAGUGACAAAUACUAUACAUAU